UCCUUUCCCGUUCCAUUUAUGUGCGUGCACCUACCAAUAAUUUUUCACAGUAGCUAUAUCAAGGCGACACAAUCUCGCUUUGCCAUCGUCGUUCUCCUCCAGCUUCAAAUGCUUCGUGGAAUCUCAAGACCCCUCAAACAUAGCACUGCCUUCAGACGCUUUGCUUCCACGCACCUCACAGACCGUAUCCAGAUCACAACCCUCGCGAACGGGUUCCGGGUCUUCUCGGACUCCACGCCGGGGUUCUUCUCCUGCCUCGGGGUCUUUGUGAACUCUGGGAGCCGUAGCGAAACCGCCUUUGGCUCUACGGGGCUCACUCACAUCAACUCGCGUCUUGCUUACAAGUCUACCGAGUCUCAGUCCACACAGCAGAUGCUGGAAAAGUUGCGCCAGGUGGGCGGUAUCUACGACUGUGUAUACGACAGGGAAUACGUUGCGUACAACGCCUCGGUGAUGAACAACCCCGCAGAUAUUGAGCAGAUGUUUGGUUUGCUUUCCGACACUAUUAGGAAUCCCCAGAUCACCGACGCGGAGGUUGAGGAGGUCAAGGGCAUUGCGGACUACGAGUUGCAGACGGUUUCACUCAAUCCCGAGCAGAUCUUGCCGGAAGUUAGUUUUAUCGCCGCCUACAACGGCCAGACGCUCGGCGCGCCGCUUCUCUGUCCGCCAGAGUCGUUACAUGGCGUGGAUAGAGCCACGAUCAUGGCCUACCGCGAGCUGUUCUUCACCCCUCACAACUUGAUUGCCGGUUUCAGCGGCGUAGAACACGACGUGGCGGUCAAGCUUGCCGAAAAGUAUUUUGGCGAUAUGACUAGUGAGGUUCAGACCCCGUCCAAGGGUGUCGCUCGGUACACGGGUGGGUCCAUUUCUUUGCCGACCCCGCAGUUGUACGGUCGUGACGAAGAAAAAACCUUCUUGCGCCUCUCAUUCGAGAGUGUUCCUGCCUCUUCCGACGAAUUGUAUGCCGCUGCAGUGUUGCAGUCGCUUAUCGGCCAGGCCAGAUCGUUCUCGGCUGGUGGCCCGGGUAAAGGCUUGUACUCCCGUGCGAUGCGCGAUGUGCUCAACGGCAACGGGUACAUGGACUUUUUCUCAGCCGACGGCUUUGUUUUCUCCGACUCUGGGUUGUUUUCCGUGACUGCGGCGUGCUUGCCUCAUCCAAAGAUCAUGGCGCAGUUGCCGAGCAUCAUCUGCGAGCAGAUCUCCAACACGUUUAUGGCGCGCGGGGUCAAGGCAUUGACCAGAACCGAGGUAGAGCGUGCGAAGAACCAGUUAAAGUCGCAUGUGAUGAUUGCCUUGGAAAACAAGCCGAUCCAGCUAGAGGAGUGUUUCAAGCGGAUUGUGCAGUUUGACAGCGAAGCCGGUCGGAAGUUUGUGGCUGAUGCGGAUUACUGCCAUAUGAUUGAGAACGUGACGAUGGAGGAUGUCAAGAGCGUGGCGGAGAAAAUUUUUACGGGCAAGGCCGGAAAGGGAAGUGGGAAGGUGACGGUAGCUAUCCAGGGUGAUGCCGAAGCGGUGGGUGACGUGGGUACGGUGGUGAAGAAGUAUGGAUUGGGGAAUUAGUGAUUGAACGAGCAGAGCGAGUUGAGGCACGGGAGUAGCUUCUGAAAUUAGAACCACAUUAUGGAAUUUGUACAUAGAUAACCAGUCAUGCUUGUCCGUUCUGUAAGGAAUCCCAUUGGUCAAAAGAGCAAGUGGGUGUGAAUAGUAAAUGGUUUAUAUACGGUGGAGUGAUCAGUGGAGCGUAAUUUCUCAAUAUCUGUCCCUGCACUUAUUUAUCGAAUCGGAAAUUA